AUGGACACUGAUCAUAUCAUCAGUGAUUUUUGUUUUAGGAUGCAUAUUUUAGUUCCCAAUAGAGUAUGAAGUUUAUUAUCCUUUUUCAAUCAUGAUUGAAAAAGCGCAAAAUGCAUGAUAAACAAUAUCCAAAGUUAUCAACUCCUUCAGCUUGUUGGCAAGACUGGUAACAGUUAUUAUUCUUCUUACACUUUAUUUGAUGUCAGAGUGAAUAUUAAUGGAAAGUGGCUUCAAGGUUUUGCGUGUGGAUUUUCACAAGAACCUGGACCAUCUGCAACAAAAGUUAUAAACCAAGAGUAUCCGUAUAAAUAUUCUAUGUGCCUGUCGCAUGAAGAAUGUGGAGAUAUGCUAAUGAUGCCAGUCUGAUUUUGUAAUAAAUGCAAAGAUUGUCAAAAAGAGUUUAAUGAAGAAACCAGAAACUGCAAAUGGUUUUUGAAAAAUGAAAAUAAUGCGAUAGAUGAUGCAUAUGAGAUUUCUGUUGGGUAUGAACUUGAUUACCACUCUCAAGAUUCUACUUUUAUUCAAGUCAUAUUUAUGGAUUCGCCUUUUUAUUAUGAAAGUGAUUAUUUGGGAAUUCAAAUUGUCUGCUUGUAUUUGAUGAUUUAUAUUCCAUCAGGGAUCAUCAUAUUAUCUCUAUUUUAUUUUAUAAUAAAUCAAAUAAGAAAAAAAUGCUAA